CCAGUUUAUCAGGACCCCAAGGUUCAUUCCUCUGCUGCAGGCCUGGCACGGGCUGUCAUUGGUGAAGGACCCACACCAUGUUGCAGGGACGGCUGAUUGCACGGUUGCUAUUGCAACAGAAUGGAGUAAGGCAUAACUCGUAUACAGCCUCCCGGAAACACUUGUACAUUGACAAAGACACUAAAAUAAUAUGCCAGGGCUUCACUGGAAAACAGGGCACAUUUCAUAGCCAGCAGGCUUUGGAAUACGGAACAAAGUUAGUUGGGGGCAUUUCACCUGGCAAGGGUGGAAAGACUCAUCUCGGUCUACCAGUUUUCAACUCUGUGGCAGAGGCAAAGGCAGCCACCGGUGCCACCGCCUCCGUCAUAUAUGUGCCACCUCCAUUUGCUGCUGCUGCAAUUCAUGAAGCUAUCGAUGCUGAGGUACACUUGGUAGUAUGCAUUACAGAAGGAAUCCCCCAGCAGGACAUGGUGAGGGUCAAACACCGACUACUCCGUCAGAACACCACACGGCUGAUCGGACCCAACUGUCCCGGAGUCAUCAAUCCUGGUGAAUGUAAGAUUGGCAUCAUGCCCGGACACAUCCACAAGAAAGGAAGAAUCGGUAUCGUGUCAAGAUCAGGAACUCUGACGUAUGAAGCUGUGCAUCAGACGACGCAGGUUGGAUUGGGGCAGUCGCUGUGUGUUGGCAUUGGAGGAGAUCCGUUCAACGGUACAAACUUCAUAGACUGUUUGGAGGUCUUCUUGAAUGAUCCGAAGACAGAAGGUAUCAUUCUGAUUGGGGAGAUCGGAGGCAGUGCUGAGGAAAAUGCUGCUAACUACUUGAAGGAGCACAAUUCUGGUCCGAAUGCGAAGCCGGUGGUGUCUUUCAUUGCCGGUCUCACAGCCCCACCAGGGAGGAGGAUGGGACACGCCGGGGCCAUUAUCGCUGGUGGUAAAGGCGGUGCCAAAGAGAAAAUUGCGGCUUUGCAGAGAGCCGGAGUGGUUGUCAGUAUGUCUCCUGCCCAGCUGGGUAGCACCAUGCACAAGGAAUUUGAAAAGAGGAAAAUGCUGUAAGUGAUGGAAGGGAGAGCGGUAACAGUGGCAAAGAGCACGUCCACCUUUUUGUUUCGUCCAGAUAUAGUCUUUCAACACCACCGUCUUACACGGCCAUGUAAAGCCAUAACUGUCAAUUCCUGUUUCCCACACCCAAAUGUUAAGAUGGAACGAAUGUUAGACUGUAUAAGCCUUCUCGGAGAAAUAAAAUUUCCAUUUAUUUUGGAUCCU